AUGUGCAUCUCGCAUGAGACAAUUAGUUCCGUGAUAGUGCAAGAGAAGGAAUCCCAACAACCUAUCUACUUUAUCAGCCGAACGCUUCAAGGGUCCGAGGGUAGGUAUCAGUUGUUAGAAAAAGUGGCACUCGGCCUUGUCCAUACAGUGCGACGACUUCGACAAUACUUCCAGGGUCAUCAAGUCGUCAUCCGCACAGAUUGCCCAAUUGCCAAAGUAUUGCGAAAACCGGAAUUAGCAGGCCAAAUGAUGGCAUGGUCCAUUGAGUUGUCAGAAUUCGAUAUCUCGUUCGAACCUAGAGGCCCUAUAAAGUCACAAUGUCUUGCCAAUUUUGUCAAUGAGUUACAGCCAAAGGGCCAUUUUGAAAACACUACCUGGACAAUGCACGUAGAUGGCUCGUCUAACCAACAUGGGAGUGGAGCUGGAAUAAUCCUGGAAGGACCGACCGGCGUAACUCUAGAACAGUCACUUCACUUUGCUUUCAAAGCCUCAAACAAUCAGGCUGAGUGUGAGGCACUACUGGCCGGCCUUCGGCUGGCACAUGAAGUCGGUGUGGCAAGGCUUCUUUGUUGGACUGACUCCAAAAUAGUCGUCAAACAGGUAAAUAAUCACUUCCAAGUCAAGGAUGCCAAUCUUUUAAAAUACUACCACCGUUUUCGUAAUAUGUGCAACCAAUUCGAAGAAGUUCAAGUCAAGUACACACCACAAGAAAACAACGGCCGAGCCGAUCAACUCGCUCGAUUAGCCAGUAAUGGACGCAAACAAAGCCAGUUACGAACUACCCUUCAUUUGGAACUGCCCCAACCUAGCGUGGAAAUCACCGAAUGCUUAGCAGUUUCUGACCCAGAAACUUCUAGAACGAACGCACCUUGGAUAACGGCAUUACUCGAGUUCAUUCUGCACGGCAAGGAGCCACCCGAGGCCUUGGCCGCUAGAAAGCUCUGCACUCAGGCGACACGUUUCUCGGUAAUCGGCACAAAACUGUACAAGAGAGGUUUUUCAACCCCACUGCUUAAAUGUAUCGGACCUGAACAAGCCGAUUAUGUAUUGCGAGAAGUCCACGAAGGAAUUUGCGGUUCACAUUCGGGGGGGCGAACCCUUGCAUCUAAAGUACUACGAGCCGGUUACUACUGGCCGACUCUGAAGAGUGAUUGCGCUCAAUUUGUCAAAACAUGCAUCCAAUGUCAAAAACAUGGUAAUCUGAUUCACGCCUCAGCAGAACAACUACACAGCGUCAGCUCGCCUUGGCCGUUUGCAUUAUGGGGAAUGGACAUACUUGGACCAUUUCCCAUCGCUAAAGGCCAGAACAAAUUUUUGCUAGUGGCAAUCGAUUACUUCACGAAGUGGAUCGAGGCCGAACCACUUGCUACAAUUAUGGCGAACAAUGUUCAGAAGUUCAUGUGGAAGAAUAUCAUUACGCGCUUUGGCAUUCCUCACUCCAUAGUAACGGACAAUGGGUUACAAUUUACCGAUCAAAAGCUCAAUAAGUUUAUCCAAGACUUGGGAAUCAAACAUCGAUUCACAUCGGUUGAACACCCACAAGCCAAUGGGCAGGCUGAGGCCGCGAAUAAAGUCAUCUUCUCGGAGCUAAAAAAGCGAUUAGGGGAUGCCAAAAGCACUUGGGCAGACAAGUUGUUAGAAGUACUGUGGGCUUACCGUUGUACCCCCCAAUCCACAACCGGCGAGACCUCGUUCAGAUUAACAUAUGGGACCGAUGCCAUGAUUCCGGUCGAGGUUGGGGAACCCUCUUUUCCCUGA